CAGCCCCCUCCCCCCGCGCGCCCCCGCGGCCGGAUGGGCCCCUGAGCCGCCCCGCACUUCCGCGCCCCGGGGUCGGGGGCCGUGCCGAGCUCCGGGAGCUGCAGGAUGUUCCGAUUCCUGAGGGAUGGGGAGCCCGAGGACCCCAUGUUCCUGAUGGACCCGUUCGCCCUCCACCGCCAGCAGAUGAGCCGCAUGCUGUCCGGGGGCUUCGGAUACAGCCCCUUCCUCAGCAUCACGGACGGGACCGUGCCGGGGGCCCGGCCCGCCGGGCGCCGGAUACAGGCCGGGGCCGUCUCCCCCUUCGGAAUGCUAGGAAUGGGCGGCUUCAUGGACAUGUUUGGGAUGAUGAAUGACAUGAUCGGGAACGUGGAACACAUGACCACUGGGGCCAACUGCCAGACCUUCUCCUCCUCCACGGUCAUCUCCUACUCGAACCUGGGUGACGGCGCCCCCAAGGUCUACCACGAGACGUCCGAGAUGCGCUCCGCGCCCGGCGGGAUCCGGGAGACCCGGCGGACGGUGCGGGACUCGGACAGCGGGCUGGAACAGAUGUCCAUCGGGCACCACAUCCGGGAGCGGGCCCACAUCCUGCAGCGCUCUCGCAACCACCGCACCGGGGACCAGGAGGAGCGGCAGGACUACAUCAACUUGGAUGAGAGUGACGCGGCGGCGUUCGAUGACGAGUGGCGGCGGGAGACGUCGCGCUUCCGACCACAGCGUCCCCUGGAGUUUCGGCGUCACGAGGCUGGGGGCAGCGGAGGGCGCCGGGCCGAGGGACCCCCUCGCCUGGCCAUCCAAGGCCCCGAGGACUCCCCCUCCCGACAGUCCCGCCGCUACGACUGGUGAGGGCUCCAGGCCCCCAGCCCCUCUUGUACAGACCAUGAGGCCGAGGAUCCAAACCCCAAAACGACCCCUCCCCAACCCCGUCCCCUGAUUUAAUAUUAAAAAAUGAGCAGGUGAGCCAGCCCUCUCCUCCCCUCCCGCUGGGGAGGCAGCAGGGGGCACCUUUGACCCACCCCUCCCCCCUCCUCUUGCAUCCCCUUCCCUCCCCGACCGACGCCCCAGGGGUCCCCCAGGGGAACUUCUGUGGGUUUGGACUCAGCCCGUGAUUUUGGGUCCUUUCCCACCUCGGAGCCCCUGCCGGGGAGGGGAGGAAUGCGGGACCCUACAUUCCCCUGCCUUCCCCAGCCCACAACGCGCCGCCCUCCCCCCUUUUAUUUUUUUUUCUUUUUUGAUUUGUGCAACUUGUAUCUGGGUGUUUGCGGAAUAAAGGAGGAUGGAAAGGAGGAUGAGUGGA